AUGAGUAAUCUCAUCCUCGCCCCAGACCUGACGGUUCACGAUACAAUUGUUCUGCAGAACCUUAUUGACGAUAUCGAGCGCUACGACGACAAGCAUCUCGCACCCACCGAUGGCGACGAGGGGUAUGCCAGUCAGGAAUCCUUGGGUGAGAAGUCCAAGGAUAAUGAACCCUGCCGCGGAGUCUCAUCCCAGAGAGACGCCAAGGACAUCCGCAAGCUAAAGGGGCUCAACGACGCAACGAGCCAAGACUUUGAGCCGAGCGUCUUCUCCUCCGUCGACCUGCGCGACCUCCCACGCAAGCUCCCGGCCGUCGUCCAUCAACAUGUCGUCGUGCCCUACGUCGCCUGGGCGCGCACGAUUGUCCGCCACGAGACGGACGUCAUCAUGCUCACCCACCUCAUCCUCUACUUCACCACCUCGGUGCCCAGCGCCAUCCUGCUCUUCAUCCACUUCACGCCCCUCCACGGCCUCGUGCACAUGCUCAUGCAGUUCUGGUUCACGGGCACCUACACCCUCAUGAUGCACCAGCACAUCCACAUGAACGGCAUCCUCUCCAAGAACUGGUCCGUCCUCCGCUUCAUCGACGCCGCCUUCCCCUACAUCACCGACCCUCUCAUGGGCCACACCUGGAACACGUACUUUUACCACCACGUGAAGCACCACCACGUCGAGGGCAACGGGCCCCACGACCUGUCGUCCACCAUCCGUUACCAGCGCGACGACGUUUUCCACUUUUUGCACUACGUCGGCCGCUUCAUCUUCCUCAUCUGGUUCGACCUGCCGCGGUACUUUAUCCGCAAGGGCCAGAUGAAGAACGGCCUCAAGACGGCCUUCUGGGAGCUGGGCAACUACGCGUUCCUGUACACCCUGUACUGCCUCCACAGCAAGGCGACAACGUUUGUCUUCCUCGGCCCCCUCGCGCUCAUGCGGUUGGGUCUGAUGAUUGGGAACUGGGGCCAACACGCCUUCGUCGACGCCGACGAGCCGGAUUCGGAUUUCCGCUCCAGCAUCACCCUGAUUGACGUGCCGAGCAACCGCUACUGCUACAACGACGGCUACCACACGUCGCAUCACCUCAACCCCCGCCGCCACUGGCGCGACCACCCGACGUCCUUUUUGCAGCAAAAGACGACGUACAUUCGCGAAAAGGCGCUCGUGUUCCACAACAUCGACUACCUCAUGGUGACGGUCAAGCUGCUCCAGAAGGACUACCUGCACCUGGCAAAGUGUCUGGUGCCGGUCGGUGAGCAGAUUGGGAUGACGCUGGAGGAACGGGCGACGAUGCUGCGGCGGCAUACGAGGAAGUUUGAGGAGGAUGAGAUUCGGGAAAAGUUCCGGGACUACAAGGCGAAAUGA